CAAAAAGUGCAUAGGGGAGGUGAACCAAUGUUGCAAGUGACACAGAGCAGAUACAGGCCUCAGUUUGGCUACAGGCCUGAACUGAUAAGUGGGAGGGUGCUUUGUGACUGGAAGUCAAUAAAGAAUAACUGGCAGAAUUAUUUCCUGCACUCAUUAGAUAAAUCUGCAUAAAUGCUGUCUUGGCCAUGUGAUUCAGGGCCCUCCCUGCUACAAGACUUAUAUAAAUACUGGAGAAAGUUGUUGUGACAUUCAUGGAAAGAACAGCUCUAGAUGAAAGCUUUGGCACACACCACCAAGCCUUGUGGAACUUUCCUGCUGGGAGCAACUGUGAUCUGAAGUGGGAGAACUGCUGCUGAACAAAGGCAGGUACCUCUUUCAAGGCAACUAUACCUGCUUGACCAUGUAUGCUGCUUUAUCUCUCCUCCUCCUGGCAGCCUGCCUGCCCUCUGGAUGGAUGCAGACAGCCCUGGAUGACUACGUCAAGCAAUAUGACCCUCACUACAACUACACUGUCACAAAGAAGGAAGACAGGCCUGGCGUGACCGUCUAUACCGUCAACAUGACCUCCCUGAAGUGGCAGAAUGAUUCUGAAGUGGACCGAUCAAUCUGGUGGCAUACGAUGACCAUUGCUGUGUCAAAGAACCAAAGGAUAAAGGACUCGUGUUUGCUGAUGAUUGGGAAUGGAAGAAAUGAUAUUGCUCUUGAUAUCCCGGACUUAACUCCUGGUGAUGCCAUUAAUGCGGCAACAUCUACUGGGUCUUGUGCAGCUCUUGUGCAGCAGAUCCCAAACCAGCCAAUCACCUAUCGUAAAUACCCCAUCGAAAGAUGCAAGAACAGCUUGGAAAAUGAUGAACUGUUUUGCUCAUGGUGGAAGUUCAUGAACGAUGAGACUGCAGGGCCAGAUGUGCUGAUUUUGUUCCCAAUGGUCAAGGCUGCUGUACGGGCCAUGGACACUGUAACAGAUUUACUACUGAAAGAAUCUGGUGGGAUGAUGAACAUCACAAAGUUCUCUUUGAUAGGUGCUUCUAAGCGUGGCUGGACUGCCUGGCUUGUGGCAGCCGUGGAUGGAAGAGUUGUGUCCUUUACUCCACUUGUAUUUGAUCUUUUGAAUAUCAUUAAGAACUUGCACCAUCAAUACCGAGCAUACUGUGGCUGGUCAUAUACCAUGGAGCCUGAAUAUGAGCUGAAUUUAACUCGACAGAUAGACACUACACGGUUCGAGAAUCUAAAUUCAUAUGUUGAUCCUUAUGCAUAUAAUGAGCGAUACUUAAACAAGUUUGUGUACAUAAUCAUUGCAACAGGAGAUGAAAUUUUCUUACCUGAUUAUAGCCGAAAUUUCUUUCCUCAGCUAGCAGCAAAAAAAUAUUUCCGGGCCAUUCCAAACACUUUCCAUGCGAUUUCAUUACGCCCACUGAUUAGAUUAUCUAUCUUGGACACGAGUAUAGCCUUUUAUCUCGCCACCAUACAGAAUCUGAGCAUGCCCCAAGUUUCUUGGAACCUGACUGAGACAGAUACCAAAGGUGUUAUCUAUCUAUAUACAGAUCAGGUGCCUUCAGCAAUUAAAUGUUUCUUUGCUGACACUGGGAACUCUCAAAGGCGAGACUUCAGGUGGUCCACAAGUGCUGGUUUACGAAUCAUACCUUGGUUUCCCUGUGCGGCUGAGAAAGUGGAAAAUGGUGUUUAUAUGGCAGAAAUGAGCAAGCCACUAUUGGGAUGGAGAGGCUUUUUUAUUGAGGUAACUUUCCCUGGACCUGAGAACAAACCACAUGUUUUCACUUCGGAGGUUCACAUUAUCCCAGAUACUUAUCCAUGUGAAGACUGCCAGGGAGAGGAGUGCUAUGGAACGCUAGUGUGACAUCCACCAGCGAUGCUGUGGCUCCUGCUGGGGAAGACAUGAGAUGCACCUAGAAAAACGUGUGGAGGAGCAAGUGGGCAGAGAAAAACCUUGCACAGAGAAUGCAUAGGUUCAACCUCAGCUAAACUGAAAUAGGUGUGGGAUGGGGAAUGUAAUAUCAUGGGGCAGGUGAGAAAGUCGGUCACAAUCAGGAGACCUAAAGGACUAGCUAUGGUGGCAAUGGGAAAUGGGUAGGGGGGGUGGAUGAAUGAGAAAUACUGGGCAUGGGAGAAAGGGCUUGGCUCUGCAGAAUUCUGAACAAGUAACACAGCAAAGGAAAGUGUGCCUUUGUAAUCCCCAGAUCUCUGGAUCACAAGAAAGAAAAGCACUAUCUUCUGUUAAUCUUCACUGAAAUUCUGUACAAGUAUUGGAGCAUUUAGUGCAGAUUUAAUACACAACUCCUUAGCAUGGAUUUAAGAUAGUUUAACUUCAUAGACUUCAAUGGGAACAAGUAGCCUCUAAUCUAAGUAAUUGAUUAUAACUGGAUUGUAAAUCAUCAUGUAAAGUGACUGAAUUUAAAUUCCAUGUGAGUCAGAGAACAAAUGAGUGGCUUCUUUGGCUAGCUGUUAUCUCUUCAUUUUAGAUUCCCUUCUGAUGAAUGGAGAUGAUAAUAAAGUUGACUAUAUUUUUGUGGCAGAAGUGAAGCCACCUGCUGGGGAUUUCAUUGCCUGAUCAUUUCUUGCUGUUUUCUGUUUGUUUUCUGUUUGUUAACAAGUAAAGGUUGUUUCUGGCAUUCCUACCA